UAUUCAAGUCAAGAUCAGCUCUACCAAGAACAUGAUGAAAAGUUUAUUUUUGUUGCUCCUCUUCUGUCAUGUUGCAUCUCCAAUGACUCACUCCCUGCAACUGUUCUACACUGGAUCGGUGAGAGUCCCAAACUUCCCAGAGUUUGUUGCUGUUGUUAUGGUUGAUGAAGUUGAGGUGAUUUACUGUGACAGCAACAUCCCAGGAGCAGAACCCAAACAGGACUGGAUGAAAAAACUACUGAAAGAUGAUGUAAAACACAUGGACUGGUACAAUGAUGAGUGUCGUCAUAGUCACAGCUUCUUCAAUACCACCAUUGAGAGUUUGAUGCAGCAAUUUAACCAAACUGGAGGGGUCCACACUUUCCAGCGGAUGUUUGGCUGUGAAUUUGAUUAUGAGACUAGAAAGGUUUAUGGUUUUAAUCAGUAUGGUUAUGAUGGAGAAGACUUCAUAGCACUUGACCUGAAGACAGAUACAUGGCUCGCUCCUAAACCACAAGCUGUCCCCACCAAACACAAGUGGGACAAUGACAAAACAGGAUUUGCGGCCAUUAAAACCUAUCUCACCCAACAUUGUCCUGACCAGCUGAAGAAGUAUGUGCAGUAUGGGAGGAGCUCUCUGCUGAGAAAAGACCUUCCCACAGUGUCUCUCCUCCAGAAGUCUCCCUCCUCUCCAGUCAGCUGCCACGCUACAGGUUUCUACCCAGACAGAGCCAUGAUGUUCUGGAGGAAAGAUGGAGAGGAGAUUCAUGAGGACGUGGACUACGAAGAGAUCCUCCCCAACCAGGAUGGAUCCUUCCAGAUGAGUGUUGACCUGAACCUUUCAUCAGUCCCACCUGAAGACUGGGAAAAGUACGACUGUGUGUUUCAGCUCUCUGGUGUGAAGGAGGACAUCGUCACCAAACUGGAUGAAGCAGUGAUCAGGACCAACUGGGGAGAGUCUCAUGUUGGUCCUAUAAUUAUCAGAGCUGUUGGAGUACUGCUUCUGCUGGCACUUGUCUACGCUGGAUGCUUUAUCUGUAAAAGGAAACAUAAUGGGUACCAACCUACUAACAUUCAAAUGGACCAAAUCUACGAGGAAAACAGAGACACUCCCACCUCCCUACACAAGGAAAAAACACAGAAAACUAAACAACUUAAUCAGCUCAGUCCUUUACCCCUACUUCUUUAUAAAAACAAGAUGAAAACGUUACUGUUGUUGCUUCUCUUCUGUCACACUGUAUCUCCAGGUAAGAUCACAGUGAAACACUUGCUGGAGUUUUUCAUCACUGUGUCUUCUGGAGUUCCAAACUUCCCAGAGUUUGUUGCUGCUGGAGUGGUUGAUGGCAUUCUGAUAGGUUACUGUGACAGCAACAACAAGAUAGAAACAAACCAGGACUGGAUGAAAAAAAUAUUUGGAAACUUUCCUCAGCACGGGGAGCUGUACUUUCAACAAUGUACUGAGGUUCAGCCUUACAUCCUUAAAGCCACGAUUAACAAUUUCAAGCAGCGCUUUAACCAAACUGGAGGUAUUCACAUUUUACAGAGUAUGAGUGGCUGUGAGUGGGACGAUGAGACUGGAGAGGUUAAUGGUUUUAAUCAGGUUGGUUAUGAUGGAGAAGACUUCCUAUCAUUUGACCUGAAGACACUGACAUGGAUUGCUCCUAAACCACAGGCUCUCAUCAUCAAACGGAAAUGGGAUGUUAAUAAAGCUGACCUUAAAAACCUUAAGCAUUUACUCACUCAGAUUUUACCUGAGUGGCUGAAGAUGUAUGUGACCUUUGGCAAGAGCUCCCUGCAGAGAACAGAGCUUCCCUCAGUGUCUCUCCUCCAGAAGUCUCCCUCCUCUCCAGUCAGCUGCCACGCUACAGGUUUCUACCCUGACAGAGCCAUGAUGUUCUGGAGGAAAGAUGGAGAGGAGAUUCAUGAGGACGUGGACCACGGAGAGAUCCUCCACAACCAUGAUGGAUCCUUCCAGAUGAGCAGUGACCUGAACCUUUCAUCAGUCCCACCUGAAGACUGGAGGAGGUACGACUGUGUGUUUCAUCUCUCUGGUGUGAAGGACGACAUCGUCAGCAAACUGGACAAAGCAGUGAUCAGGACCAACUGGGUUUCUCCCUCAGAGGUUCCUGCUGGUCCUGUCAUUGGAGUUAUUGUAGGACUGGUGCUGUUGACACUCUGCAUCACUGGACUCUUCAUCUGGAGAAAUAACAAUCAUGGUUUCAAGCCUGCAAACUCUUCAGACUCUUCUUCCUCUCAAACCACUUCGGUCACAGACGCAGCUCUUGAUUGAUCACACUAUCCAGUGAAGAUAAGAAGGACCAGUCAGGAAGUCAAAUGAUACAUAAAACUGGUCAAGUGUGUAUUCAAGAUCAGAUUUACAUGUUUCAGGUGUUCAGUGUGUAAAGUAAAGAAUGAUUAUCUGAGAAGUAACAGAAGCUUUGCUGAUGCUGCUGUCCAGCUGUUUCUACAGACCCUUGGUAAAGAGUGAUUACUUCAGCAGCUUGCAGAGACCAGAGACAUUAAGAGUGAAACCAGAAAGAACACAGAAUCAUUUUUCCAGGAAGACUUCUUGGGUUUUCAGACUUGUACAUUUCUACUUUUAAGUUACUGGACCUGUUUUUACUUCAGUCGCCUUUUGUCUCUAUACGUCAUAUUCUGCUUAAGAAAACUUAAGACCAAACUCAAACAUGUUAACAUUUGUUUUUGACAAGACAUUAUGUAGUAACUGUCUUCAGUACAUGCAUGUUAGUUUUUAAUGUACUUAGUUGUUAACUGAUUUACAUUGGUGAACUAUAAAACAUCAAUGUGUUAGUCGCAGUUCUCAGAUGCUAAUUACAUAUAAUAAGAAGAAUAAUACAUUUUAUUUAUCAGCGCCUUUCAAGACACUCAAGGUCACUGUACAUAGAGAAUAAAUAAAAGCAACACAGCAGCAAUAAUAAAACAUUCAGAAGUUAGCAGCAGGCAAUGACAUUUAGCAGUGAUAGGCUUGUUUAAACAGGGAUUGAAUAUUUCACACAUAUGUUGUGUUAUGUGAACAUAUGUUGCAGAAAUGGUCUCCACUUUGCACCAGUUCAAAUGGCAAUAGGAAAAAGUUAUCAUUCAGGUUUUUUUUACUUUUUUUUGGGAAACAAAAUAUUGUAUUGCUACAUUUUGCCGCCUUUUAGUUUUAAUUGUUGCUCUUUAAAGUUGCAAUACAAGUUUAGCUAUGAUUUGUUGGGGCUGAACGCAACCAUGGUUUCAGCCCAACAAAACAUAGCAAAACAUCUUUGUCAAUGUGUUAUGUGUGCGACCCACUGUGGGAGAUUUAAAAAGCAGCUGAUAGCAGUUGGCAGCUAACUCAAAGAAGAAAACAUCUGCAAAUAAGGAAAACAAUGAUGUCCAGGAGCUCUUUACCCUCUAAGCAGAGGACAAGAUCAACCGGCAUAUAACAGAGACAGUUAUAUGGUUACAUUUCCUGAUUACUCCACUCAAUUCACAGGUUAAAACAAUCUUUAACCAUAAAUAUUCAGUCUGUAUUUCUUUUAAAUAGUUUUGCUGGAAUCCCAACCAAUACCCAGCAUCUAAUAACAUAUGUGUUUGACAGUCAAUGUUUUGCAUUGUAUUUU